AUGCAUACUAACGUGCAACUCCCCCUGCCCCUUCAAGUGCUAGCCACAAAGAAGAUGCCCUCCACGCAGGCCGUUUUCCUCGUCGCAGUCCAGAUCGAGCUCGUGGGCACGACAAGGAUACGGUGCUACGACAUGGUCGAAACCGUGGUGAAUAAAUUCGUCGUCGUCAGCAACGCGAACCUGCACAUACCCCUUACCAAAGGCCCCGAUGACGAUGUAGGGACCGAGGUCGAGGUGCCCAACGACAUAUGGCGCAACAUCCCUCUGCCCAACACCGUCUGCCCGACCUUUAGCACGUGCAACCUCUCCCGAAGCUACGCGCUCGACAUCAAGCUCGGCCUCGCCUGGGAAACGCUAGGAAGCAAGGGCAAGCUAGCCAACGGAUCCGUCUCGACCCCCGCAGGCCAUCUACCUGCCCCUCCACUUCUCCGACGUCAAGGUGUACUCGGGUAUCGCUCCGCCCCCGAAGUUCUCAGCGCGGUGCAGAACCGCCCGCCGGGCAAGCAACAGGCCUCGGCGGGGCCGGCCCCUACGCCCGGAAAGACAUCGGUGGCAGCGGGUACGCCCACGUCCCCGUCAGCACCGGCGGUUGUGGAGCGCCCACCCCAUCUGCCUCCCAGAGUCAACUCGAACCAGAGCAACGCACCCCUUCGACCGGGAGCAGGCCAGCCCUCCUCCGCGGCCGCUGCUCCGGCGCCCCCUACGAUCCUCUGUAUCCCCGCAACUCGGUACGGUGGGAGCCCACCCUACGACGACGCGCCGCCAAGCUAUGAUGAGGCGAUGGCUUCAGAGGCUACUGGGCCGAUGGAGAGGCCGGCGUUUAGUGGUGUCACUACAGAUGUUGAUGGGCCGAGCCAAAUCCCUAAUAAGGGGCGGUAA